GUAAUGGUUUUGACUCCUUCCACUACUCCAGGUACAGUGGCCGACAAAAGAACUAAAGCACUCUACACAAUCAUAUCGUGGAGAGUGCUUUGAUCUUUUUUGGCCACGAACUGCAAUUAUGCCGAAACUCACUGAAAAACGCAAGGCAGAAGGAGAAUACUCGACUAACCCUCAUACUCAGAGGGCACUGAGACGACGCGCCACGUUAAAGGGACAAGCAAGUGAAGUUUGGGCAAUCCAUCACAAGUAUACGUCCAAGAAAUCGCGUAAAUUGGCGGCACUGAAACGGUCUCCAGACUAUAAGAAUGCUAGUGAGGGUGAGAAAGCAGCCCAGAUCGCUGCUUUGACUCUGAAGCUUAAUAACGCGAGCCUGCUUAAAGAAGGAAUGAUAACCUUCCUAGUUGGCCCAUCAGAGCAGCGCCACUACGUACACACCAAUAUUGUCAAGUCCGGUGUGCUCGGUGGUGCAUGCGGUGAUCUUGACCGGUUUGAGAGCGGCAUCGAGGUCAAGGUUGUGGAGUGGAAAGAAGUCGAAACCGCCGUCUUUGCAAAUCUGAUGGAGUACGCCAAUACCGGCGACUAUACCGUCCCGGAACUGAAGCCACCCGCAGUGGAAGGACUCGAAAUCGAGCCCUUAUCAAUCAUGACCUGCCUCAAAUCCUAUGGCUGGGGCAAGGCUCGCGGCGGCGCCUAUCGACGAGAGUUCAGGGAGGGCACGCGGGCAUCCAUCCUGACCGCCACGAAGAGUUUUAUCGAGGAAGGAACAAAGCUGUAUCCGGAACCGAGUGACCGUUUUCGGGACUGGGAACCUAACUUGGAGCCCGCCGGUGGAGAGGGACACUUGGCCAUCUUCGAGUGCCACGUCAAGCUCUAUCUUCUUGCGACCAAGCAUAAGAUGGAGAAGCUGGAGCGUCUGUCUCUCUUCAAGCUCUUCAGGACCCUCACCCGCAUAUGGGACUAUCAGCACGUCCACGAUGAUUUGGCGGUCACGAUUCGUUACGCGUACCGCAACAUCAGCGAAGCGGACCGGAUACGAACCUUGCUGGCUUCAUUUGCGGCUAUUAACGUUGACACGAUGCGAGACUCGGCCCAGUAUGCCGAGACCUUGAGGCAGUGUCCCGAAUUUGCCGUGGACAUGAUACGGCUACUUCCCUCAUACUGGCCUGAGUAA